AUGCCAUCUCAAGACGACAACAAAGGCCACGAGCCUACGGAACCUGAGACAUUCGCAUCGGAAAGCCGUCUUGAGACCGAAGUCCAAUCUCGCAUUCCCUCGUCCCCCCAGCCUCCUGCGACCAUCCUCGGCGGUGGGCAAGGAAGCGGCGGUGGACAGGGUGGUGGUGGAGGGGGAGGCCGACGUCACAGAAACAACAGCAGUGGGCGCGAGUUUGAGGAGAUUGACGAGGAGAUUGACGAGGACGUCGAAGUGGAAGGUGGCGGCGGCGGUACAGAGCACGACAGCGCGGGAGGGCAGGGCGGGCGCAUGCGUCGCCGGACCUAUAUCAAGCGCAAAAUCAGACGGUCCAAGAGGUCUAAUGGCGAUGAUGACAAAGAGGAGGGAGGAGGGAGCGGAAGUGGACAAGGGCUCCGUGGCUCUUGGCUGAUACGAGUAAAAGAUAUUUGA